AUGUUUGAAUAUUAUGCAAUAGGAGAUGAGUCAAAUAAAAUUCAAGAUAUUCACAAAUAUCUUUUAACAAUUUGCAAUAAAAAAAUGGUUGAUAAGUUAGUGAAUACUUAAUAUAAACAGUAAAGAGUCAGCACUUCCAUAGAGUAAAAAACUCUGCCUUCCUUUAAUUAUCGCCCAAAGGAAAAAUAUCCUACCUUAAUUGGCGCACAAUAUAAAUAUUUCAAGGCACAACCAAAAAGAAAAAAAAUUUAUUUAAGUACCCUUCAAAAUGAUUAAUCAGAAUCAUCUCCAAGAUUGAAAGCAAACUCAAUUAUCUAGGAAUAAAAAAUCGAAAAUUAAAUGAAUUCAGCAAGGGUCAUAUAUACUGCAUAACACCCCAUAGACAGAAACAUCUCUAUUCAAAAAGCAUAAACUUCUAAAAACUACCACUUACCUAAAUGUGAUAGCAAUUGGAUUAUGAAUCUCAAAAGUAUUAGAUAAAGAUAAGAAUAAUUAUGA